AUGCAUUUUUGCAAAACCCGGUGCUGCACCCCCACCCGAAACACAGAGAAAGCCCACGCCACUCCCCAGCAUCUUCUCGAACCACCUCUCCCCGACGGCUCCGCCCCCCUCCCACGCGCCGUUGGCGGCCGCCCCUGCUCCAACGCGCCGUCGACCGCCGCCCCCUGCUCCCACGCGCCGCCGCCCGCCACCCCCCUGCUCCCACGCGCCGCCGCUCGCCGCCCCCCUGCUCCCACGUGCCGCCGCCCGCCGCCUCCCUGCUUCCACGCGCCGCCGCCGCCGGCCACCUGCCCCUCCCUACCCACGCGCUGCCGCCGCCGGCAGCCUGCCCCUCCCUACCAUGCGCUGCCCCCGCUGAGCCAGCCUUCUCCUUCCGCUCCGUCGCCUCGCCAGCCACCUCUUCCCCCGCUAUCGCGUGCCUUCUGGCCGGUGCUCCUCACGGCACCGCGCGCCGCCGUGCCCUGCCCAUCUCCCGCGCGCCGCCUCACCGAGGACCUGCGCACCACCACCCCUCCCCCGCCGUGGUCGGCUGCUGAGAUCCUAGGCAGAGGAGGACCAAUGGGUCUUGGGCUUGCCGGCCACCUCCCCCACGCCCCCUCCGCCCCCGGUGCUACGUCCACCUUCCUCCCUACGCUUCGGCCGACCGCAUCCCUCCCUCCAGCAUGGGUUCGGUUCUGCUCUGGCUGCGUCUGCGCCAACCACCUCUUCCCGAGGUUCCGGUGCUCCAUGGCCGGACUACACCUUGCACCGGCAGCCCCCGAAGAACCUCAUCUCUCUAAUUUGCUCCCUCUUUAUUGCAAGAUGGUCAAGAACCAGAUGAGGAAGAUGGAGCAAGGCAGAGAAUUGAUCGAGUAAAAAAACAACUUCAGCAUGCCAAUGAGACCUUUUCAGUAAGUGCUUUGACUUUGUCCAUGUGUGGAAUAAUUGCCAAUGGUGUCAAAAUUAAGCUCAUCCUGUGAAUGAACAAGCAAAUGUUCCCAUUCAACUAUAGAUAUAUUUUUUCUAUCUCUUGAUGAAAAUGUUCCAGUAUCAUGUACUGUCAGCGUUCACUUACCUAAUAGAAUAAAAACAUAUGCAAGGUGUUUUUUUCCUGUUAAUGUCUGAGCCAAAACUGAAUUAUGUGGGGUUUAAUUUUAGCUGAAUGCAGCAGCAGGAGACAGAAGAUUAGCUCCGGCGCCGCUGGUCACAUGAAGGCCGUCAAAAAAUGGUAUAUUCCCCAUAAAAAGGUGGUUGCUUAUCUAUAUUCUCUAUUUUUGAAUUAUAGCACAAAUAUUUGCCGAAACGGGGUGCUCAAGACGUCUAUUUUAAUUGCUUAAACACAAACUAGGUGCUCUCAGUUCAGUACGUGAACAAUCAUCAGUUCGUGAAAAAUACAUAUAACAUGCUUUGUUGUGUGGGAUUUGGGGGGUGCCUAGUCUGGCUAAGAAUGCCUUAAUUGCUGCUUUCUUUGCUCAGUUCAAGUGACAGAAAAAAUCAGUUAGAGAAUAUAUAUGCAGGAGGUUGGGAGCAAAAAAACCUCAUAAUUUUUCUCAGUUCAAAGAUUGGAAGCAAAAAAACUGUAGCUAGUGGUUUCGAUGUGUCAAAAGAUGAACAUUUCUGCUCAAAUUAAGUUUGCAUCAGAGAUAUAGCCAUUUUCUUCUAAAUAAAAAGUUUUACAUAAAACCGAAUAACUAUCUUACAGGAAACUUAC